AUCCAAUACAACUACUCCCAACUACAAAUACACUUCUCCAACUACUACUUUCACACUCUACUAUCUACACAUUUUCUCUAUCCCUUCAACUAUCCCUUUCACAACCUUGAAUUACUAUGAGAAGCAAAACCAAAAGAAAGUUACAAUUACCUUGCAAAAACGGUAGUUACUUUUUGUGGAGGACUACCUCUAACUCUUGAAGUCAUUGGAACUUACUUUUUUGGAAGGACACAAACAGAAUGGGAAAUUAUAUUGUACAAAUUAGGGAAAAUUCCUCAGCACGAUGUUCGACAGAUAUUGGAAUAAGCUUCGAUAGUUUACGCAAUGAAAUGGAAAAAGAUAUAUUCCUUAAGGUAUAUUCUAUCUUUGUUUGUAAAAGUAGAGCUUAUGUCACGAAGAUCUUAAAUCGCUCUGGAGUAGUCGUUCUCAGAGAGCGUAGCCUUAAAAAACUUAAAAAAAACAACAAAUAUGGGAUGCAUCCUUGGUUACAAGAAAUGGGAAGAGAAAUUGUUCGUGACAUUCCAAGAAAAGAUGCCAAAUUGGCAGCAUCAGAGAUUAAUGGGACAAAAGUCAUCCAGAGAUUGCCUGCGAAACUGUUUUUAACCAGAAGACGAUGCAACGAAACUUAUCCUUUAGAGAUAAGAUACAAAUCAAAACCGCUGAAACUCGCUCGAAAUCCUGGGUACCUUUCUAAGAAACGGAAUUGGAUCAGUUUGCAUGGGUUUUCUUCAAAAUCCCUACCUAACCACAUUUAUCUGCAUGAUGCAAUAUCGAUUGAUUUAAAACACAGUCUUCUACGACUCGACUGGGAAAAACUCCAGAAGGUUUUGGCGUGGGUAAAAGUCCUGAAUCUUAGUCACUCUAAGUACUUGACAGACACCCCUGACUUUUCGAGACUACCAGGUCUUGAGCAACUCAUUCUUAAAAAUUGUCCCAGAUUGUUCGAAAUACACCAAUCUAUUGGAUGUCUCUACAAUCUUAUGCUGCUAAAUUUGAAGAAUUGCACAAGCCUAAGCAAUCUCCCAGAAGAGAUAUAUAAGUUGAAAUCUUUAAAAACUCUCAUUCUCUCUGGAUGUUCGAAGAUUAGCCUAUUGGAAAAAGAUAUAGUGCAGAUGGAAUCCUUGAUAAUUAUAAUGGCUGAAAAUACAGUUGUGAAACAAGUGCCUUUUUCAAUUGUAAGCUCCAAAAGCAUGGGAUAUAUAUCCCUACGAAGAUUUGAGGGAUUAUCACAUAAUCUUUUUCCUUCUAUCAUUCGGUUUUGGAUGUCACCAACUAUGAAUCCUCUAUCUUAUAUUCAUUCGUUUUGAAUGGAUAUGGAGGAUAAUAGUUGGGAUGAUGUUGUGCCAUUGCUUAGCACUCUUGCAAAACUCCGAAGUGUUUUGGUGCAAUGUGACAAUGAGUUCCAACUAUCUAAGCAAGUGAAAACUAUUCUGGUCGAAUAUGGUGUAAAUAUGACAGAAUCAGGAACUUCAAAGCAUCACU